GAGCGGCACCAUGACCCGACACGCGCAGCCGCGGACCAACGUGCGUGAAUACGGAAAGAAAAAUUAAUCCAUCAACAUUUUAUUUAGUCGGAUUAUUAUUAUAUGAGAAUCAACACAAUAAUAGACUACAGUUGGAUCCGAAUAACAUUAAUUUAUCAGUACUGAUACGGUGAUCUUGGAGGGAACGAACGACCGAGGGUUUAGCUAGCUACUGAAAAUGUCCCUGGUUUGUGCAAUCUCAAAUGAGGUCCCGGAGCACCCGUGCGUGUCGCCGGUGUCCAACCAGGUGUUCGAGCGGCGGCUUAUUGAGAAGUACAUCGCCGAGAAUGGAGCAGACCCUAUGAAUGGGCAGCCUCUGUCAGAGGAACAGCUGAUAGACAUUAAAGUCUCUCACCCCAUCAGACCCAAAGCUCCCUCAUCCACUAGUAUCCCAGCCAUCCUCAAAGCUCUGCAGGAUGAGUGGGAUGCGGUGAUGCUCCACAGUUUCACCUUGAGGCAGCAGCUGCAGACGACGCGUCAGGAGCUAAGCCACGCCCUCUACCAGCACGACGCCGCCUGCAGGGUCAUCGCCCGUCUCACCAAGGAGGUCACUGCCGCCAGAGAGGCUCUGGCCACUCUGAAGCCACAGGCGGGAUUGGUGGUGGCUCAGGCAGUCACUUCCCAGCCCUCUGUCACGGCUGGAGGAGCAGGAGAGCCUAUGGAGGUCAGUGAGCAGGUGGGAAUGAAUCCAGAGAUCAUACAGAAGCUGCAAGACAAGGCCACUGUCCUCACCACAGAGAGAAAGAAGAGAGGAAAGACAGUUCCAGAAGAGCUGGUCCGAACGGAGGACCUCAGCAAGUACAGACAAGUGGCCACCCAUGCUGGUCUCCACAGUGCCAGUGUGCCUGGGAUCCUGUCUCUGGACCUGUGUCCUUCCGACACCAACAAAGUGCUCACUGGCGGGGCUGAUAAGAACGUGGUGGUGUUUGAUAAGAAGGAGGAGCAGAUCAUCGCAACCCUGAAAGGACACACCAAGAAGGUCACCUCUGUCAUCUACCACCCCUCUCAGUCGGUGGUGUUCUCGGCCUCUCCAGACAGCACUAUCCGCGUGUGGUCCGUUACCGGGGGCAACUGUGUCCAGGUGGUGCGGGCUCACGAGGCGAGCGUCACCGGGCUCUCCCUCCACGCCACCGGAGAUUACCUGCUCAGCUCCUCCGAGGAUCAGUACUGGGCCUUUUCUGACAUCCAAACAGGUCGGGUUCUCACCAAAGUCACUGAUGAGGCUGCAGGAUGUGCUCUAACCUGUGCCCAGUUCCACCCUGACGGUCUGAUCUUCGGGACGGGAACGGCCGACUCUCAGAUCAAGAUCUGGGACCUGAAGGAGCGCACCAACGUGGCCAACUUCCCCGGUCACACCGGCCCCGUCACCUCCAUCGCCUUCUCUGAGAACGGAUACUACCUGGCUACAGGUGCCCAGGACAGCUCAGUGAAGCUCUGGGAUCUGAGGAAGCUGAAGAACUUCAAGACCAUCACCCUGGACAACAACUAUGAGGUGAAGUCCCUGGUGUUUGACCAGAGUGGGACGUAUCUGGCUGUGGGUGGCACUGACAUCAGGGUCUACAUCUGUAAACAGUGGUCCGAGGUCCUCAACUUCACAGAACACACUGGGGUGGUGACUGGCGUGGCGUUUGGGGAGCACGCCCAGUUCCUCACUUCCACCGGAAUGGACAGGAGCCUCAAGUUCUACAGCCUGUAACAACUGGGAUCAAAGGUCAUAUGAGCAGAGAGAUGGAUGGCUCUGAUUGGCUGACCUCUUUGAGGUCACACUGAUGAUGUAUGCAUGGGAAGAGACUUUGGCUGUGUCCCAAAUGGCACCCUAGGGAAUAGGAUGCCAUCUGGGACACACACAGAUUCUGCAGCAGUUGAUCAGAAGGGAAAUGCAGCCUGAUUGGAUAAUAAUCUUAGGCUAGAAUGUUAGAAUGGAUUUUUAACUGAGAUGCUCCAGUAACAAUGGUGAAACCGAGUGUAUCAAUUUGGAUUCCAGUUUGGAUACCCAAAAUAUGUCAUA